AUGGGGGAGCGGCUUACUUGGCAACGAGGCCGGGAAGAAGCACCGAAGAGCUCCAUUCCGUCGAAAUUCGAAAACGGGGAAAAGGCCGAGAAGAUCGGCUUUCUGUACAACCAGCAGGAAACUGACAGGGAACAGUAUCUUACAGGAAAGAAGGUUGACAAGGCCUUCGAUGAUUACCUGGAUAGGGAAAAGAGAAACUUUGAAAAUUCGCUCAACCCUUAUAAGGAGGGCGGAAAGGACCGAGAAAUAGAUGUCGACUACAAGUCAAAAGAAGAUCCUCUCAGUUAUCUCAAAGAAAAAGAACAAGAAAAGUUCAAGCAGCUGCAAGCGAAUCCGCAAAAGAUGGCCAGAUUGCAAAAGCUGAUGAAGGCGUAUCUUGGAAAUCAAGAGGAAGAGUCAUCCUCAUCUUCUUCUGAGGACGAAAGGAAAGCAGAUGCUCCGGAAAAGAGUUCCUCGGAAUCGACCGAAAAAUACGAGUCGAAGUUUAAAAAUCAAUACAAGCCGCAUUCUUAUCAACGUAAAUUAAAGCAAGGCUUUUCAAAUAAGAUGACAGCAGAAGAAAAGCAGCGGAAAAUCGACGAGAUGAUGGGCAACGCGUCGAAAAACGAUGCUGACCGCGCGGAAAGAGUGAAAAAGACACGCGCAGUUGAAGAAAAAGAAGAAAAGGAGUUCGAGGCAAAUCGAAACGACCACUCUUACUACAGGGACUUGAAAAUGAAAGCUACAGAAAAAUCCCUGGAGGAGCGUGUUCGCGCUCGCCGUGAUCGAAACCAGCGAACCUCUGCGGCGCUUGAUAAAAACUGGACAAAAAGAUAG